AUGGAAAAAGACAGUUUUCAGCAGUUAGAACUAGAGAAGAGUGGACCUCCCCAAAGGACUACUCCCAAAAGAAUUAUCCAUUUUGCUGAUGGAGACACCAUGGAAGAAUACAGCACAGAGGAGGAGGAGGAGGAGGAGGAAGAACAAGAACAGAGAAUGAAUUCAACCCUUGACCCCUCUAAACUUUCAUGGGGGCCCUACCUACGGUAUUGGGCAGGGCAAAUAGCAAGCACCUCAGUUUCCACAUGUGACCUCCUCGGUGGGAGCGUUGCUGUCUUCUUCGGUCUUAAUGAACCCAAAUAUCAGUAUGUGUUAAACGAGUACUACAGAACGCAAAAUAAGGAAAGUGACAAGGAAAGCAAAGGGACCGGAUCAAAGGCCCGGCCACCCGGGGUUCCUAAUGAAAAGUGCCACCUGAAGUUCCGGGGGUCCAGACAUCCAGGAACUGCAGCCGUAGUGAGAAUAACUGUGGACUCUUUUUCAAUAUACAUCUCUAUUUAUAAGCCCCCCAACGCAACUCCAUCCCAGCACUACAAGUCCUAUUAG